AUGGCCUAUCCAAUGGAUGUGGACCUCAACAAGGUCGUGUUCGCGCAUUCCAAUGGUUUAGCUCUGAACUUGGUAAGUCCUAUCUGAAAAAAGCUUCCACAGUUCAGUUUAAUCAUGUUAUUCAGUCAAAACCGAAGCAUAGAUUUUAUGAAAUAACGUUUGCAUUUUCAUGAGUGUUGACAUAUAUGAAAAUACGUGAUUAGAUGUAAUAAUUCAAGAGUCUUUAAUUGGAAUUCUGAAAUAUGUCCUUGACUCAAACAGUUUACCCAAGCAGGUUUGUAAUAUUAAUAAUCAUGUAUUAUAAUAGCAUAAGCAAUCACCUACUUCAGGAUGGCAACUUACAAACGAACUUCCUUUUGGCUUCCUGUAACUAUUAUAGUCGGAAAGGAUUGACCACAUAAUCGGAAUGAAAUCGAUCUAUGCUCUGUUGAUGCCCUUGGAAUCUGAGCUAUAGUGUAAGGAAACGGCAAAAUUAAUUUAUUCGUUCCUUCAUUUUGUAGAGACUUACGUCUUCUGCUAAUGUUAUGCUUGCAGGAAGGGUAUUUUUCGGUUAUAAUAAUUUUAUCAAUAUACAACGUAUGGAGACCGUGAAAUGGUAAUGUUCGUGUGUAUAUAAAAAGUUAGUUACUACACGAAGCGACAAGGAUUCAAGCAAGUUAAUUCCGUGUAGUAGGCCUGGAGGCGUUCGCCUGUGUAUUGCCUUGCUAAACCAACGGCAUUCAUCUAGGGAGAGAUGACAGUAUCUGCACACAGUUAAGCUAUGACUUUUGCGUACAAAUUCGCACUCGCACAAUUUGUUCACUUAAGUUACACACCAACCACUCCAAAAAGCGAACCUCUAGGCACACUCUAGCAAACCCAUCUUAAGUUUACAAACAUGAGUUGACAUUUUAACACAGUUCCUGCACAGUCACAGAUAUUUGAAUGUAUAUAUGUCCAUGCGCGAAUUAACUAUAUCUGUGCAUCCGAAAUCCUUUGCAUUUGCAGAAACCAAUCAACAACCUCAACAUCUCCAUUGUCUACAGCAGCAAGUCUGUUUGUACGCAAGAAACUGCUAAUUCCUACUGGACAAUGAUCAUCGUGAAGAGCGCCCUCACAAACUACGUCCGGCGACUUCAGUUGCGCGAAGUCAUUCGGCGAUAGGUCGCCAAACUUGGAGUCAAGGUGGGGGUCGUCUUCAGUCUUGGGCUUCCCGAAAACGGUCUAAUACCCCCCAAACUCCUCAAAGAAGUCGCGCAAUUCGAUGACAUCCUGCUCGCCAGCUAAACCGAAACAUACCACAAUCUGACCCUCAAGACGAUCUCCAAUCUGCGCUUUGUUCACCACCACUGUCUGCACACCAGUCCCUCCUUUGUCUUCCUCGAUGAUGAUCAUGGAAUCAAUCUGCAACAGCUGCGCCAAUUCUUGUCAAAUUUGUCACUCGUGGAGGUCCGCAGAAGCGUGUUUGGUUUUAUUAACUAUAACAAACCGGUGAUUCGUGAUGCUGACGAUAAAUGGUUCACCUCGAUUUCGGACUACCCGUUCCCACAUUAUCCUGAUUAUCCUUCCGGUCCUUGCUACAUCAUCGGCGCCGAUAUUAUACAAAAGCUCUCUAUGGCUGCAGCUUUCACGCGCCUCAUGCCCAAUGAGGACGUCUAUGUGGGCAUGAUGUUGAUGAAGCUGGGUGUCCCUAUUCAACCCCUACCCAAUAUGCGCAUCCACCGCUCACAUUUUCCUCGAGACUUUUCCCCCUGGUAG